AUGAAGCCCAUAAGCAUACGUUGUAUGAAGUUCUUUCUUACAUUGCUUAAUAUCUUAUUCAUUUUGUUCGGCUUAGCGUUGAUCGCUGUGACGGUGAUGAACAUGCGCGAGCACAAGCUCCGGCCUGAGCAGUCAACUGUUUCCCGAGGAGUGCUAUCGUUCCUGUUGACCGUUGGCUUGGCGCUGCUGGUGGCAGCCGUGCUUGGCUGCGUCGGCGCUCUUAGAGAGAACGUCAAGCUACUUUAUGCGCACGCGUGUUUCUUCAUUUUCCUGAUCUUGUUGGAGGGGGCAGUGGCAUUGGGCGGCGCCCUCGUCAGCACAUGGGUCGGCACCGGCAACAGUCUGCGCGGACACUUUUACAAGAACGCAACCGUAGAGGAUCAUACCAAUCAGGCGUUUUGGGAUCGUACGCAGGCGGAGAACCAAUGCUGCGGUGUAGACGGUCCGCGAGACUACAAAAGCCUCCAUCUAGAGAUCCCAGUGUCCUGCUGUCCUCAGGGAUAUCCUAUCAAAGAGGGAGGCGCUAGGAAACAUCUUCAUGCAUCUUGUAUAUCUGAAAGAACAUACUACGUCAGAGGAUGCGAGAAUGUAUUACUUCAUAAGAAAGCUUAUAAGGGGAACAUCAUUAUUGUGUCUGGAGUCGUUUUUGUUAUGUUUGAAAUUCUCAGUGAGUCUUUGGCAAUCUGGAUGGCCAGGACGAUUAAAUCGGAACGCAAAAGACUGCAACAGAACUUGCAGGCUCACUUCGAAUCUUAG